AUGCCCAGCCUGGGAAGGCUCCUCCAUGCUCCUGCGAGGACAAGCGGGCCCACACAGCGCAUGAAACAGACCAGGAACAGUCAAACACAGCAUCAUUACCGCACCGGCGAAGACAGCGGAGCCAUCCGCGUUCCAAGCGCUGCACAGGACGGGCUUGUCGGACUGAAUGGCGGCCUUGGGGACGGCCUGCCCGGAACUCUGGACCUCCCAGCACAGCGUCUGCCCGCUCCAGGAUGUCGCCACGAGGUGGUUUGA